CUAGCAUAUUGUUCCACGCAGCAACGAGAAAAGGUAUUCCCCAUAAAUGGGUACACUGCUACUAAAAUUACUAGUAGUACUACUUGCAGCCAAGACGAGCAACUACAAAUAGACCUCCCAUCAGGCAGGGCGUUAAUCGCGGAGUUCAUUCCAAGCUUGUUGAUAGGCUGAAUGCGAUGUUGAUAUCCUUUUGUUUAUCUUGUGUGAAUUGAAGUGGUAUCUCCUUCGACUGGCCGCUAAACAAAGUAGAGAAGGAAUUUUUUCUAUAAGCGUGGUGAGAGAAUGUGUGAUUUCCGAAGUGGCAGUAGUUUAGCAGUAGGCCUUCCACGUUGUUGUAGAGGAACUUAUCGGGCAGUUCUUCAUCGAGAUUGAUCAUGUUGAGUCAUCUUUUCGCUUUCAUUGUUUCUCACUUGUAUUCAUCUCCGUCGUACUAAGCAUCUUGUGUCUAUUUCCACCUCUUGUUAUUGUUGGAAAUUACUUGUAGUUGAAGAUCAUCGGUAGUCUCGUACUAGAAAGGCUUGAAUCCAAUCAGAAUCAGUCAUGAAUAUCUGCGGCAGUAGGAAUCGCAAGUUGGACUGCUCCGUUCUCGCGUGGGCCGAGUCGUGAGCACGGCGCGGAAGAUGCAAGCAUCUGGGCCCACCUCACAGGGAAGGCCGCAGGGCUUCCGUCGCGGCGGACGUUUUUACGACGCCAGCGGCUGGCGUCGGGAACUACGCACGCUUUGCAGCAAUUACGCGCUGAGGAUCCUGUUCGGGGAGCCCACAGGAUCCGAGGGUGAGGCGACCGAGCCCGACGAUGUCGCGCGGAAGAGGAGCAUGGCACGAAAGAUGGUGCGGAAGAAGUCCGCCUCCUCCCAGGAAGUCCAGCAAAAAAAGAAGGCAGGGAAGCGGCCUCUGACGAGGACAGCAUCGCAAAACGCCGACGACAAUGAAGGUUCUAGCGACAGUAGUUCCGGAUCCGUUUCAUCGUCCGAAGGCGAUUUCACGUCGGAUUCGGAGUUCGGAUCGCUGAGUCAGAGCCGCGGCACGAAAAGACCACGUGGACGAGGAGGCAGUCAUCGAGAAAGCAGUGUUGAAGAGAGGAACCGAACAGGAAGUUCUGCGAAAAAAGCGCGCGUCUUCGAACAAAGUAAGGAAACACGGGAGACAGACGCAGCGGAAUCACAUCAGAAGUCUCCUAUAGGUGGUGGAGCUUCAUCCUCCUCUGGAGCAAGGACCGUCUUACCAGAGGAAAAGCAUUCUUUUACCGAUUUCAAUAUUUUUGGAAGCCGAAGUUCUGGUAGUAUCGUGAACACGACAGAGGGAUCUGUCGAUCCGUUCUACUCUUCCGCUGGACGCGGAGCUAGAUGGAGACCACCCCUGUCCGAGGAUAUGGCUCGAAAGUUGGACGAGGCAGUCGAGAAUCAGUGCCGCGCUUUCGGCGUACACCCGGACGAUCCCCAAUUUAGCGAUAAAGCGAUUUAUGCUGCGCUGAAGCGGCGCUGGCACGGGGAUGAGAAGCACCAUAGACCCGACCAUCAGAACCGAGCGCUUGCAAAAGCGGCGACGACGCUCAUCGAAGCUAUGUCUCAUGCGAUGCCGAAGGAACAAUGUGCUGUACAGAAUCUACGCGCUUUCUCGCGGAUGCGGAACGUCGGCCCUUGGAUUUUAGAUCAAGUUCUCGGCGAAUUACAGCACCCGGGACGUCGGCCUCCUCCUGGACCGGUACCGGAUCCUUCGUCUCGUCAACAUCCCUACAGUUACAGUGGCACCACGACAGCGGAACACAAGGAAGGGUCUCACUCACAUGGUGCAUCUGCCGCAGUGGAAAACAAGAAGAAUGGGAGCAAUAAUAUGCCACAUGAAAAAGCACGCGCGGCAGCAGGAACAAAAGGCAAGAGUUCUAGUUCGUCUUCGUCGGGGUUGCAGCAGCCGGAGAGCCAGAAGGGGAAUAUGCCCUCAACAUCGAAAAGCACACAUGGCGGCGGUCGGAAAGGAACGUCUUCCGCGUCUGCGAAGGGUACUUCUAAGAAUAUCCCAAGAAUGAAGGGUUGUAGUACUACAGUAACAACAAAUCAUUCAUCAGUAUCCUCAAGAAGAGUAGAACCGAAUCACAACCAGUAUCCGCCCACAGCUGUCAGGCCUCAGACACAUGAUCAUGUUGCUUAUGAAGUUGCUCGGCACUGCUCUCGUCCUCCAGUUUCUUCACACGGUAUCAGUAACUUUUGCAAAGAUGAUCAUGAUCAUGUUGCUUCAGAAGGAAAAGGUCCUCCUCUCUCUACCAGACCCACUUCGAGUGGAGCAGAUGGGCCUGGAAGAACCAUAUUCGGAGGAGGAGCAGUCGGCGUGGGAGGAGGAGAUGCGGCAGAAAGAACCUUUUUCGGAGGAGGAGCAGUCGGCGUGGGAGGAGGACAUGGGCCCGGCAGAACCGUUUUCGGAGGGAGCGGAAUCCACUUAAAUGCAGAUGAUCCGACGAGUCGACGCGUGGGACACGCAGCAAGCGUUUCAACGUCAGCUGCUGCAUCUGCAAGCACGUCCAAGAGUUCCGAUGGCGAAUACAUCACCGGCGAUGCGAAUACUGCGAUUAAGAAUGUCAUGCAGACCUUUUCCCGCAGCGAGGUUUUUCCUCGGGCUCAACCGAAUAGGGGAACAACUCUUCGUCGAGAGCCACUCCAGCCUCGUACUGAAAUGACGUCCUCAACACAAACACGACGCGGGGAUCGGAUUAAUGAUACACGAGAAUCGGCCGCACAACUUCCACAAAGGACGGAAUCACUUGGCCUAGCAGCGUCUUCUUCCAACACAAGGGCAGGAGGCCUCGGUAAAGGCUCAGGAUUACGCGAGGUGCUCCUUGCUACAGACUUACUGGCAGCGGGUUUUCAGGCUGCAAAGGGCACUAACAGCAUGAAAUCGCAGCAAGGGCCUCCAAGUGCGAAGGCUGCUGUGCCCGCAAAUCCAGCUCGGGAACUGCAUCGAACAAGAACUGCAGGAAGCACAGCCAUUUCGAUCUCUAGCAGACUUGCGAAUACAACAGUGUCUGCCUCGUCGUCAUCAACACCAUCGUCCUUGGGAGGCACUACUUCCUCAGUGCCGAACAAACAGCAGCCUUUUUGUCCGCCAAACCGCGUUCAGCCGCCACUUUUGGAACGUUUUCGCAGGAUAUCGGGUGAUGAGAGCACCACCGCGGCGCCGCCAAGUCCAGCCGUAGUAUUACGGGUAGGCUAAAGGUGUUCUUGUACCUGUUACCGUUCGUUUUGCCUUUCUGAAGGAGGAAAGGCAUAACGAACAGGGUAAACGAACACCAAGAGCCUACCUCUAAUAGUACGGAACGAGAGGCCGCCAAUGCACCAGCUUUCGCUUGGCGUUCCUUGCCUGACACCGGAGGCGGACAGGAGCAAAGUACGGCAGCGGAGCAUAGAUCCUCAGAGACUUCCAGGUCCACCGAAGGGACGUGUAAUUGACCUGGACGACGAAAGCAGUGACGGAGAAACCAAGCCAGAAAUUGUUCCGCAGCAUCGGAUGGCCUCUCCGUACUCAAGGCAGUCGAACGGGGUGCCGGUGCCACCAGUUGAGGAGCAAGCAAGUGCAAGUUGCAGUCAAGCAAGACACAGUCAGCAUGCACUUGAGAGGCAGAACGAAGUGAGCCCCGAUCAGCUGUCCAGGCCUGCUACUGCUUGGGCUCCUCAGCCGAACGGUGCGGCUGUGCCUGUUUUGUUGCAACAAAUGGCAGUACAGGGAAAUGCAAGCACCAAAACUUGCGCUCCCACGAAGGAGAGGCGAACGAAGGACAAACUAGUUGAUUGGGCUUAUGUUGAUUCGACAGGCAGAGGGGUGCGUCAACGCAGUGCGGCGGACCGACGACGCGUAGGCGCGGCGAAACGAAUAGAGUUCCAUGUGAAGGUAUUCAAGAGUAGCGACGGCUCUGAGAAUAACGUGACGAUGCAAGAAGGUUGGCUUGCUGACGCGAAAGCACCUCUAGAAAAGGACCUCCCCGAAGAUCACAUGAUGGCCACGAUGCACUUGCUUUAGAGUCACAGCAUUAAUAUAGAAGUAUUCAACUUGUGUUUUUCACAGAGAUUUCAACUCCUUGUCAUAUUAUGGAAGAAAAUACUUCUGAAGUCGAUUUCCGACUCAAG